CUGAGGAGGAAAGCUGUUCUCAUCACAGCCUGAACAUUAAACUCACUCAGGAGGACUUUUAACCGAAGAUGAAAGUAUCAACAGUUUAUAUUUUAGACACGUUUCCAUAUUCGGUCUAAAUUCAGCGAGAUAAACUGUUUUAUUAAGCGAGGUAGAGUGAUAGUAUUCGGUUCACUGUAUAAAGUGGACUGGGCUUGCAGGUAAAAAAAAACAGGUAUAAGUACAGAGAUAAAACAGAUCAGCAGCCGUUAUGAUUCCCGAAUGUCCACGAACGAGCGAGUCCAGAAGCCGUGUUCGGUGUGAAUCGGGUCAGAACCGGUCCGGGUUACUGUGCGAGAUCCGAACCGCGAUCAGGAGCGAGCCGUUCACCGAGCGCUAUGACGUCAUCCCCGGGAGAGAGCUCGGCAGAGGCAAGUUUGCUGUGGUGAGGAAAUGUGUGGAGAAAAGCACCGGUAAAGAGUUUGCAGCGAAGUACAUGAGGAAGAGGAGGAAGGGCCAAGACUGCAGGACCGAGAUCAUCCACGAGAUCGCCGUCCUGGAGCUGGCGGGAGCUUGUCCUCGCGUCGUCAGUCUGCACGAAGUCUACGAGAUGGCCAGCGAGAUGGUGCUCGUUCUGGAAUACGCUGCAGGAGGGGAGAUCUUUAACCAGUGUGUGGCGGACCGAGACGAGGCGUUUAAAGAGGACGAUGUGAAGAGGCUGAUGAGGCAGAUUCUGGAAGGAGUGGCUUUUCUUCACAGGAGAAACGUCGUGCAUCUGGACCUCAAACCUCAGAAUAUCCUCCUCACCAGCGAGUCUCCGCUCGGACACAUAAAGGUGGUGGACUUCGGGCUGUCGAGGCUGGUGAGCAGCGGACACGAGAUCAGGGAGAUCAUGGGAACACCGGAGUAUGUAGCACCAGAAGUCCUGAAUUAUGAGCCAAUAAGCACAGCGACUGACAUGUGGAGCAUCGGUGUCCUCGUGUACGUGAUGCUGACGGGCAUCUCUCCGUUCCUGGGCGACGAUAAGCAGGAGACGUUCCUCAACAUCUCUCAGAUUAACGUCAGCUACACCGAGGAAGAGUUCGAGACGCUGGACGAGUCCGCCAUCCUCUUCAUCAAGUCCCUGCUCAUCAAAGAACCUGAGAGCCGAGCGACCGCAGAAGACUGUCUCAAACACCAGUGGCUUCAGCUGAAGGAGCAGGACCUGAAGGAGAGCACCUGUGAGCCGGUCAGCCCUGAUGAAGAGGAGGAGGAGGAGCUGUUCGUCAUGGCCUCCUACACCCCCGACCCCAAGGCCAUCUCCAAACGCUUCAAGUUCCAGGAGCCCUUCUCCACGCUUCCCGGAGGAUUCAUCUACUGACACACACACACACACACACUCGGUCUCCUCACUGUAAAAACUGUUCAGUUCACUCACUUAAAAGAUUGAGGAAACCCGUUGCCUCACAAUUAAGUAAUGAACAGAAAA